UUUAGUCCGGCCAGCUAAAGGGAAGCGAAGAAUCUCCAUUUUCAGGCAUUGAUUUCUAUUAUAUUUCAACACCGUUCGCAAAACAAAGAGGAAAAAGCUCACUGCAUCUUUCUCAUUGUGGAUUAUUUGUUGUCGAAAACACUUGGCGUAUUUAAUAUUCUGCGGAAACGACAGGAAACAAAAAUGGACGCUGUUGUUCAUGAAAUUGUUGAUGAUGUUUUCAGUUAUAUAAUCGAUUGAUGUUCAUUCCUGGAGAUAGUUGACGAAUACAUAACGGUAUCAUGGAAUUCUACGUACAUCGCAAAGACCAAGAGGAAGAAUUCUUCAAGAACUUUAAAGAUUAUAAAAUUAUCGGGCUCUCUGCUUGUCCUGGAAUGGGGAAGUCGUGUUUCAUGGAUUUCAUAUACACAGCGGCAGAGAAGGAAUAUGGCGACAUGGUUUUUAUCAAAGUGGAUGUCUCAAUGAUCACAUCCAAAAAGAACUUGUUCGACUGCUUGAUCGACAUAAUCUGUCAAAAGGCAAAGGUAGAGAGAGAACAUGUUCCUUGUUACAACAACAACGAUUUAGCUGAACUCGUGCAGGUUUUUUCAAAGAGCUGUAUCUCGCAUAUUUGCAUAUACUUCGAUAAUAUACGGAGACCCUCUGAGGAAGGGAAGAAAUGUUCCCCUGAAUCUAACAUUCAAAACGAAUCACAGCGAAGUCAGACCUAUUCCGCCAAGGACGAUAUCCAAAACACUAUAAUAAAACUUUUAAAACCCGGGGCCACCAACAACCAGAAUGUCAAGAUCCAGUUCAAGUUCAUGUAUACGUCAGAGAUGGUCCUCCUCUUCGCAUUUAUGCGAAAGCAGUUCUUCUCGCGUGUACUUCGAUCUCUGACCGUGGCUGAAGCACGUGAGAUAUUUGAUGAGUAUGACCUCACUGCAGAGGACGUGCCAGAUGAGAUAGUGAAGUGUUUAAACGAUAGAGACGUUGCUAAUGGCAACCCGACCGUUUUGGUGAUGAUAGCUUCAGAACUCAUGAACAACAGAGGUCUGAUGGAUUCUGUGGAGUUCAAACAGUUGAUGUUCACAGUUGGGAUGAGACAGGAAAUUACCAACCCUGAAAACUAUGCGCCUGACGAACGAAUUAGUGACAAAAACAGAAGUUUCUUAGACACACUUCCCGAAGAACUUAGAAAGGAGGCUUACAAAAUCACAAAGUUCGGGCCGGCGGUUACUGCAGAAUCUAUAGCCGUGGCAGAGGGAACGACAAUUGCAGCAAAGAAAUAUUUCAUUAUUAGACUGUUGAGAAACCACGUGCUCCAGAAAGUAGACAACGGGUUUGGAAUACCAGCUUUGAUGCAAGAUGACUUGAAAGACUCUACGGGAACAGAUGACGAUGACCGUUCCGCCGGUGUUGCCCAGAAUAAUAUCAACGCCUAUCAUGGCAAAGCUGAUUGGACAAAGCCUGACACUACCACUGGCCGAACUGGUAAUCAUGGUGACGGCUGUGAUAAAAGUAAUUUGACAAUGAAUGACAUUUUGGAAAAUCUAAAUUGUGCCAACGGUGACUGCGACUCAACACAGCGAUGCAUUGCAACAAAUACAGUUCGAAACCACGAUGAUUAUCGAUUGGUAAAACACACGAAAAGGCCCGCAGACAGAGAUGAUCAAUUCAAACAGGAGAUGGAAUUCCUCGAUGAAGUUCGAAAAGAAACAUUUCAAAGAUCGCAUUCUACUGAAUUCUCGGUUCAGUAUUAUAAUGAUCGCCAAAAUGAGCAUUACGAUAUGUCGUACAGUUCGGGACCUAUUCACUCUAUUGAAGAUAACACCUACUGGCCAGAGAGAGAAAACCUCCCUAAAGAAGAUCUAAAUACGAAAGAAGUAAAAGAGAUCAACCAUCAGAUACACAAGCAUGGUUCGAGACAACACAUGACAUCAAACUACAAUACGCCACGGAAUGCUAUUGAGCACGAGUCUUCCGCUGAAGGCCAUCCAGGUCUGGUCAUAAGCAGUGCUGGUAUUAACCCUUUCAACUUUGUGGACCACUGUGGACGAAACAAGCCAAAUACAAUUAAUUGCCAAACGAAGAAAUUUAGAGGUGAAGAGGUUAACGCUGAAGAUUUGGAACUGGAGAAGAGUAUCCCGAAAAACAGUUUAGUGGGUUGUACUGGAAAUGAUAUGCCAGCACAACUAGUACAGCAGAGUCCUCAUCACGACACGCCAGUACAACUAACGCAACACAACACACCCUUGGAUGCCCCUGUUACCAAAUUCCUGAGGGAGGAUGAAGAGUCUGAUUGUCAUUCAGCACGUUCAGGCUGUUUUCACGCUAAUGUGUCUCAUAUGGACAGACAUUCAUUUACAAACGGCGGGGAGGUGUGUAAUGAACACCUGCAGAAUGACUGUCCGAACACACCGGAAUAUAUGCAGCGUACAUCGUACCCGUCUGCAUUGUAUGCUAGUUUUGACGUCACACAGCAGACAUGCAGAAAACAAUUAGAGGAGUGACCUUCAGUCGUGUUACAUUUCGCUAUGAGAAAUACAUUUUGAGGUAACACAAACAACUGCACACCAUGACAACAAUGGCCUAUUAAAGGAAGAAUUAUGUGGUUAGGGUUAGGUACAUACUAAUGGCAUAUCCCCAUAGCAGUUGGCCUGUUAAAGGAACAAUUAUCUGGUUAGGGUUAUGGUUAGGGUUAUGGUUAGGGUUAGGGACCUACUAAAGGCUGAGUUCCCCAGCAGUUGGCCUAUUGAAGGAAGAAUCUUCUGGUUAGGGUUAGGGUUAACGACCUACUAAAUGCCGAGUCUUCCAGCAGUUGAAGAAUCUUCUGGUUAGGGUUAGAGUAAGGGACCUACUAAAGGCAGAGAUCCCCAUUAGUUGGCCUAUUAACGGAAGAAUCUUCUGGUUAGAAUUAGGGACCUACUAAAGGCAGAGUACCCCAGCAGUUUACCUAUUAAAGGAAGAAUCGUCUGUUUAAGGUUAUGGUUAGUUGACAAGCUAAAGGAAGGAUCUCUCGGUAGUUGACCUAUCAAGUUAGGAAUGUUCGGUAGUUGACCUUCUGAAGACAGGGUCACAAGAAAGUUGACCUACUAAAGCCAGGGUCACAAGAAAGUUGACCUACUAAAGACAGGGUCACAAGAAAGUUGACCUACUAAAGACAGGGUCACAAGAAAGUUGACCUACUAAAGACAGGGUCAUAAGAAAGCGGACCUACUAAAGGCCGAGUUGCGUAGCAGGUCACCUACUAAAGGCCGAGUUGUUUGGCAGGUCACCUACUAAAGGCCAAGUUGCGUGGCAGGUCACCUGCUAAAGGCCGAGUUGCGUGGCAGGUUAUCUACUAAAGGCAGGGUCUCAAGGCAGGUGACCUACUAAAGACAGUUGCGCGACAGGUAACCCACUAAAGGCAGAGUUCCGCAGCAAGUGACCUACUAAAGACAAAAUUGGGCGGCAGGUGACCUACUAAAGACAGUUGCGCGGCAGUUGACCUAUUAAAGGUAGAGUUCCGCAGCAGUUGACCUACUAAAGACAGUUGCGCGGCAGGUGACCUACUAAAGGCAGAUUUCCGCAGCAGUUGACCUACUAAAGACAGAGUUGUGCGGCAGGCGACCUACUAAAGGCAGAGUUUCGCAGCAGGUGACCUACUAAGGCACAUUUGCGCGACAGGUGACCUACUAAAGACACACAUUAAAUGACUUGACAUAUAUACUAUUAUAUUCGUUCCACUUCAUCUAACUUUCGAUAUGCUAUAAACCAUCUUACAGAAUAACAUUAGACUAAAACCUAACUAAGAUUUGUCUUCUUAUUUAUAUGGAUUUAUAUCCGUAAAUCAGUUAUAUAUGAAAAUAUCGACAGCAGAUAGAAUCUAUCUAUGUAUGUGUGUGUCUGUCUGUCUGCAUACAUGUUUGCCUGUCUGCUAUACAUAAACACGCACGCACGCAUGCAAGCAACCGACCAACUAAGCAAGCACGUCGAUACACUUUAACAGUUCUGAAAUGUUCAAAAAAUAUGUUUGAAUUUAUGAAAUAUUAUCAUGAAUAAAAUACAGUAUUGAUUC